AUGUCAGCUCUCAGUGGAACUUCUGGGUCUGCCUGCGAAUACUCACCAGGCAUAUGUGGGGCCUGGACAGAUGGGGAUAUACGGAUAGGAGUGCUCAGUUCCUGCCAUUCUACAGUACAGACAUUACAUGUGUGAGAACGUCCUGAAAAAUACAACUGCACAGAAUUAAAUCUGAUUUCGCUUGUAAGGACUCUAGCUGUUGUGCAUACUAUUGAAACGAUCAAUAACUCCAGCUUCCUCCCGGGUGUGCGAUUGGGCUACUACAUCUGUGACACUUGCUCUGAUGCAUCAAAGGCCAUUCAGAGCACCGAGCAGCUUCUCGCUGUGAAUGGCACACUGCCUGUCCAAUGUGAGGUGCUUGAAAGGCCUAAUGUAAAAGCAAUCAAUGGAGCACGUUUCUCAGAAGACUCUCUGGCAGUGGCUCGGCUUCUGAGUCUAUACAUGGUCCCACAGAUAAGCACAACAUCAUCUGCACAAACGCUUAGUGAUAGAGUGCGAUUCCCGACAUUCCUGCGCACAAUUCCAAGUGAUGUUCACCAAACAAAAGCUCUUGUUAAUUUCAUGAAGCACUUUCAAUGGGACUGGGUUGGCGUGGUCUAUGGGGAUGAUGACUAUGGGAAAAAUGCCUUACAAAGUUUCUAAGCUGAUUCAGAAGCUGCAGAUAUAUGUCAUGCUUUCAAAGAAGUGUUGCCUCAUUACCUAGCACACAAUGAAAUCGACAAAAGGAUCCAAGAGGUGGCAGAAACAAUCCGCUUAUCCGAAGCUAAAGUUGUGGUCCUUAUCUUAAAGGAAGAGCUGGUCUCUAACUGGUCAAUGUCACGAAAUGUAUCUCAAAUGGAGGGUAUCAACCAAGUAGGUGACAUUUUUGGGUUCACUUUCAUCACUGGUCCCAAUCCCGGUUUUAAGGAGUUUUUGCAGCAGCUGACUCUUUCUCCGGGCUCUGUAAACCACUUUUUUGAAGAGUAUAAGCAAUUAGGGAAAGAUACUGGUUUUCUAACAGAAGCUGUUGACAUCAGCAUGACAUAUGGUGAAAGGUUAGCUGUAUGGUCCAUUGCUCAUGCUUUGAAAAAUCUUCUAAACUGCAAUGAAACGUAUUGCCCUGGAGAACGGGAUUUUCCACCAUGGAAGCUCCUCAAGGAACUGAAAAAUAUACAUUUUACUAUGGAAAAUCAAACGUUCUAUUUUAAUGCAUCUGGAAAUUUAAUGAACGGAUACGAUCUAAUAAACUGGCAACCACAAGAAGCAAGUGGCCAGAGACGUUUUGUUGUUGUUGGAAAUUACAAUCUGACAAAAACAGAAGUUCACAUUAAGGCACCCAUAAUAUGGAGAUGGACUUCCUGUAAGCCAAAGGAAGAGGAUUACUGGAAAUGGGAUGGGUCCCAUGCUAUAGUUCUACUUACAUUUACUGCAAUAGGUUAUCUGUUGUUGUUGUUCACCCUUAUCAUCUUCUUGGUCUUUUAUGGAAAACCAGUCAUGAAACAGGCAGGGGGAACCCUAUGUUUUGUAAUGAUGGUAGGGUUAGCACUCAGCUUUACUAGUGUCAUAUUGUUCAUUGGCAAACCCAAUGUUCACAUUUGCAGGGGUCGACAGAUCUUGUAUGCCUUAGGGUUCUCUCUCAUGGUUUCAUGUAUUUUGGUUAAAGCUGUGCGCACCUUUGUAUCCUUUCUUCCGCUGCAUCGCCAGGGCCAUGCUAAAAGGUUUUACAAGCCCCCUGUCAUCAUAACCUGUGGUACUCUCAUUCAAGUCCUCAUCUGCAUCUUGUGGUUGAUAUUUGAUUCUCCAGCUGUAGAGGGGCUUCAGUCUGACCAAAGCAUGAUAAUUACCAUACAGUGCAAUGAAGGUUCUGGAAUUGGAUUUGGCAUCAUGCUUUGCUAUAUUGCACUGCUGGCAUUUGUCUGCUUUUUGAUGGCUUUCAAAGGGAGAAAGGUACCUCAGGCUUUCAAUGAGACUGGACACAUCAUCCUAAGCAUGCUAAUUUAUCUUUUUGUGUGGGUCUGUUUCACCCCUGUAUACAUUGCAAAAGUCAAUGAGCGGUAUUCAAUUCAAGCAGCUGCCAUCUUGGUGUCAUGUUAUGGAGUUAUUUUAUGUCACUUUGCACCUAAAUGGUACAUGGCUCUCUGCAAGAAGAAAGAACAGCUUACUCGAGAGGCAUAUAUUGCAAGAGCCAAUAAUCACAUCGACUUGAUCCCAGAGAUAACACUGGAACCUGGUUUAAUAACGGGGUCACAGAAUACCAUUAACUCAGUUGAUACUGGUUUGGGUUCAAUUAAUAUAGAAUUCCCUUACCAGACAUUACGGAAAAGAACUAGGAGCAAAUCCAUUUGAUAAGUGGUACACACAUUAAUGUUAAAAGGUUUAUAUCAUGCCACAUCUAAUUUUCUUUAAAAGAACUUGAACAAGUGGUUUACUGCUGACAUUAUUAU